GUUAGUGCCUGUGCUCCGCUGAGAAAAACACAGCCUUUGACGAUUUCUCUCGAUUUAUAGUGUUUUUAAUACAGAUCCAUCGCAAUGUGUACCGGAAAGUGUGCUCGGUUAGUGGGGCUGAUGCUUUUACCAUCGGCCUUUUUGUCUAUAAUUGCCAACUUACUUUUAUUCUUCCCUAAUGGAGAGCAGUUGGACACCAAAAAUAUUUCACUUCAGGUCUGGCUCAUGGGAGGUAUCCUUGGUGGAGGACUAUUUAUGAUGUGCCCAAGCUGCUCAGCCAUCAGAGCCGGGGGCAAAGGCUGCUGUGGGGCAGGCUGCUGCGGAAACCGUUGUCGGAUGCUGAAUUCUGUUUUCUCAUCUCUGUUUGGCGUUAUUGGAUCGGUCUACUGUGCCUGUGUAGCCAUUGCAGCUUUGGCUGUUGGGCCAAAAUGCCAAGUUGAAGGUGAAAUAGACUGGAAAUAUCCAUUUGAGGACAGGAAAGGGAACAGCAGUUACCUGGUGGACAAGUCUAGCUGGUCUGAAUGCAUCUUCCCUGAGAACAUGGUCCUCUGGCACAUUGUGCUGUUCUCCAUACUUCUGUCUCUUUCUGCCCUCCAGGCAGUUCUCUGCGUCAUUCAGGUGGUGAAUGGAUGUGUGGGAUGCAUCUGUGGAGACUGCCGGAAAAGAAAAUCGGAUGAAGGAGGUCUGUGAGUGUGAGGAGAAAAACACCACCAACGACAAACCAAACAACACUGAUUUCAUCUGGAAUCCUUACAACAGGACAAGAGUCUUCACACAGGCUGCUUGUAAAUGAUGCAAUCCAAGCCAUCACUAAAGAAGGGUUGUUUUGUGUAAAUGUAACUUUGCUUGAGCUGUAAAAUGUGGUAUUCUACUGGCAGUAAAUCAUUAUCAAAUGUCAAGCUCUGUAACUACCUUACUUUUUAAGUUGGAAUUCUUGUUUUGAUUUAUGAGCUGUCAGAAAUAGUAGUUGCAAAGAUGUUUAUGUCUGCUUGUCUUUUUCUUGUUUAGAUUCAUAAAUAUGCAUAUGUUAUGAAAUGAGUUUACUGAAUUGUUAUGUUUUUGAUGGUUAUGGGUCAUAAUUUCAUAUUGAAGCUAAAUAAAUUCAUGUUCAUUCAUCAAUUUGAACAUACAUACAUACAUACAUACAGUGCUCAGCAUAAUUGAGUGAAUAUAUAAUUUCUCAGUGAAUAUAGGCAAUUUAUUUUUGUGCAUUUAAAAAAAUGAUAUAUUAAACAGAUAUAUUUAUUAAAUAAUAUUUUAAUCACCAAAAUAUUUAGAAAUUGAAAGAUAAUACAGUUAAAUUCAAGCAAAAUAUUGCAAAAAAAAAUUCAUUCUUUAAAAUUUCAACAAUUUUUCUUUGCUUCUCUUGAUUUUUCUUCUUUCUAAAUUUAUAUUUAAUAUUUUUCAAUAACAUAAAUUAGGGUGUACUAGUUUUUGGACCGUUAUCAUAAGUUAUUUUGUUAGACAAACUCCAGACUUGACUUAAGUACUGACUAAUCUUAUGUAUAUGCGCAAAUAUCAUAUUGUAUAACUUAUAACUUAAAUAAAUAGAUAUACAGGGGUUAAAUUGAAUUUGUUUUAGAGUAUUAAAUGGUCAUAUCCUAAUGAUCGGAAUACUUUCUUUCACAAUAAACUAAUUUUGCUGAAA